ACAACUAACAUAUUGAACUUUUUAUUUAUUAUCUUUUUCUUUAAAGGUGUAAAAUGUGGAGGAAUCCUAGCUCCUUCAUCCAGCGGCAACAUCUCCAGCCCGAACUUCCCAGGUCUUUACCCGUACAACGUGGACUGUUCCUGGCUGAUCGUGGUGUCCGAGGGUUCAUCCGUGCUGCUGACGUUCCACCACUUCGAGCUGGAGUACCAUGUUGACUGCGCCUACGACUACAUCAAGAUCUACAACGGCGUCUCGGAGGACGAAGGCAACCUCCUGGGGAAGUUCUGCGGAGACGCGGCGCCUCCUCAGUUCAGCUCGUCCUGGAACAUCAUGUCCAUCAUCUUCCACUCCGACCGCCACGUGGCUCACACGGGCUUCCUGGUGGGAUACAGGAAAGAUACGUGUGGGGGUGUCUUGACGGGAAUCUCGGGGGUAAUCUCCAGCCCAGGUUACCCGCUCGAGUACAGUAAUAACGCAGAGUGCUCAUGGAUGAUCCACGUAUCCAAUCGCAGCGUCGUCACUCUGGUCUUCCUCGACUUCCAGCUGGAGAAUAACGAAGGCUGUAACUUUGACUACAUUGCGCUGUUCGAUGGGCCGACAGUCCAACACCGCCACAUCGGGAACUACUGCGGAAACGAGCGACCGCCCAGCACCGUCUCCACGUCCAAUCAGCUUCUGAUCGUGUUUAAGUCAGACUUUAAUAUUGGAGGACGAGGAUUUAAAGCUCAUUUUUACUCGGCCGAGUGCCAGCAGGUGCUGAAGGCCAUCAGUGGGAACUUCACCAGCCCCAGUUACCCCAAUAUCUACCCCAACAACAUGAAGUGCCACUGGAGGGUGCAUCUGCCCCAGGGUUACAGGAUCAAGCUGUUCUUCCCGCUCAUGGAGCUGGAGGAUCAGAACAGUCUGACCGACUCCUGCGAUUUCGACUCUGUAGCCGUGUACGAUGGCGACAGUGAGGCAAACGCGUUGCUGGGGCGCUGGUGUGGGACUGAACAGCCUCCGGCUCUGACAUCCAGGGCAGAUAAACUGCUGGUGGUCCUGAACACAGACCGGAACGUCGCGUUCAAGGGUUUCUCUGCUUCAUAUACAGGAGUCGUACCGGUGAACGUGAGCUGCACCAGAACCGAGUUUCAGAUCCAGAUCUCCCAGCAGGCUUUGCCACAGCUGGACCGCGAGAGCGUGUAUCUCGGAAACCCGUCCUGUUCGGCUCAGAUGACAGCGAUGAGCUACAAGAUCCUGGCUCGCUUCGUCAACUGUGGAACCGCCGGUCAGAAACGUCACAACAUCACCAUGCUGGUGAACACGCUCUACAUAGACUUCUCUGACGGGAAGCAGCAGAGCGUUCAGGAGUACGAGGUGCAGUGCGACGCCCAGAGGAAGGUGGCGUCAGUCAGCAUCAUCUCGCCGGAGGAUCGGAUCCGGAUGAACGAACUGGCCCGACUCGCAGAGGAGUCCAAGAGCCUGGAGGGUGCUCAGAGAGCCGAGCCCGAAGCUCACGAGACCAGCGACAUCGUCUUCAUCAGUGUCUGCGUGCUGGCCGUCAUCCUCAUGCUCAUCGCCAUCGUGUGGCUCGUGCUGCUCUAGACGGGUCAGCCUGACAGGUUCCGUCCGCACGGGUUCGAGGUCUUGUGAACCGGACAUGACGUAUACUCGCAAAAACCGACUGCAAAACGAGGCAGCGUUCCGAUUGGUCGUCAGGUGUUGAUUAAUUCUCUAUUACAGCAGCUCUGACAGCAGUGCAGGUUUAUAUUAAUAGGUUUUGGUUUCUAUAGCAACGGCUCGUUCCCAGGGACAAAGACAUACAGAUUAACCACAAUGGUGCCGUUUUCUGUAAGGAGACGUUUGUGUGAGAAGGAGUGUCCAGUGUCGGCGCUUUGUAACGGUCAGAGGUGAAGCUGGAAUGUCUUCAGGACAGAUGUGCUUACACUUCGCUGUAACACAACAAGCUGAUUUUGUGUGUGUGUGUGUGUGUGUGUGUGUAUUAACUUCAUGAGCGAAAAACACUGCAUCACAAAAAAGCACUUUAAGGUUUAUUAAAAAAAAAUAAUAAUAAAUAAUCAUAAUUUAUGAUUAA